AUGAAGACUUCAAUUCUGCUCCUGGGAGCGGCAGCCAUCGGCGCCAUCGCCGUACCCGCUCCCCAUAGCUAUGAGCUGCACGAGAAACGGGAAUCCAUGCCGACUUCCUGGAUCGAGGGAAAGAGACUGGACGGCUCGACAUCGCUGCCCGUGCGAAUCGGUCUCACGCAGUCCAACCUGGACCAUGGUCAUGACCUUCUCAUGCAGAUGUCGGACCCGUUUUCGAGCCGCUAUGGUCAGCACAUGUCCGAAUCGGAUGUGCAUGACUUGUUUGCACCCAGCCAGGAAAGCGUGGACAGGGUCCGUGGAUGGCUGGAGUCCUCGGGCAUCGCCGCGGACCGAAUCUCGCAGUCCGUGAACAAACAGUGGAUGCAGUUUGAUGCCGAUGCCGAGGAGCUGGAGAAGCUGAUUCGUGCGGAAUACUACAUUUACUCUCAUUCCGAGACCGGUCGUUCUCAUGUCGCAUGCCGCGAGUACCAUGUUCCGGCCUCGAUACGCGGGCACGUUGACUAUAUCACGCCGGGUAUCACCCUGCGCGAGGUGACCGGCGUCGGAAAACGUGGUGGAAAUCUCCAAAAGCGCGCCGUAAAUGGGCUGCCGCCCAUUCUGAAGCCGAUCGGGUUGCCUCUGGAACAGUUGCUCGAUCAGGUGCUUGAUUUCUGUGACGUUGCCGUCACUCCCCAGUGCAUCAGGGAUAUGUACAACAUCACAGAGGGCACCUCCGCGACCGAGGGCAACGAACUGGGUAUCUUCGAAGACAUCGGUGACGUUUACGCGCAAGAGGAUCUCAACCUCUUCUUCACAACUCUUGCCAAAGAGAUCCCUACUGGCACUCACCCAAUCCUGAAGGCGAUUGAUGGCGCCACGGCACCUGGACCGUUGCAAAGCGCAGGCCCCGAGUCCGAUUUGGACUUCCAGAUUUCUUACCCGAUUAUCUGGCCGCAGAACUCCGUUCUCUUCCAGACGGACGACAUGGUCUACGAGGAGGACUACACUUUCCGUGGCUUCCUAAACACCUUCCUGGAUGCUCUUGAUGGUUCGUACUGUGACGAAAUCUCGCCGCUCGACCCUCCUUACCCAGACCCCAACCCCGGGGGUUACAAGGGGAAUUUGCAGUGCGGUGUCUAUAAGCCGACCAACGUCAUUUCGAUUUCGUAUGGAGGUGACGAAGCCGACUUGCCCAUCGCCUACCAGCGACGCCAGUGCAGCGAGUUUAUGAAGCUGGGCAUGCUGGGCGUGUCCGUCGUGGUCGCCUCGGGUGACUCCGGCGUGGCUGGGUCCAGCGGUUGCCUGGGCAAAAAUGGCACAGUCUUCAACCCUGACUUCCCGGCCACGUGCCCGUACUUGACAGCCGUGGGGGCGACCGUGAUUCCUCUCGGCGCUAGUGCCAAGGACCACAAGGAGCAGGCCGUGUCCAGCUUCCCGUCCGGUGGUGGUUUCAGUAACAUCUACAAGCAACCCGAAUACCAAGCCAACGCCGUGGCCGAGUACUUCUCCACGGCCAACCCUACCUACCCAUACUACGAGAGCGUCAACAAUGACAGUUUCGCGGCCAAUGGCGGUAUCUACAACCGCAUCGGCCGUGGCUACCCUGAUGUCUCCGCUAUUGGUGACAAUGUUGUCAUCUUCAACGAGGGCUUGCCCACUUCGAUUGGCGGUACAUCGGCCUCGUCCCCGGUCUUCGCUUCUAUCUUGACCCGUAUCAACGAGGAGCGACUUGCUGCAAACAAGUCGACCGUCGGAUUUGUCAACCCCGUUCUGUACGCUCACCCGGAUGCUUUCUUCGAUAUCACCAAGGGAGACAACCCCGGCUGUGGCACCAACGGGUUCUCCGCUGGCGUGGGCUGGGAUCCGGUCACUGGCUUGGGUAGCCCAAACUACCCGGCCUUACUGAAGGCCUUUAUGGAUGAGUAA